GUCACGUGGCCACAUCCGAAAUCACUUCCCCCUUUGGACUGAGAGCUGCAACAACUAAAAUUUAACGAACGGAGCCGCUGAUUUUUUUUUAAACACAAACUCUUAAGUCUUACGCGUUGUUGUUAUUUUUUUUUCACAGAUUGUUAUUCCGUUGAUUUAUUUCGGGUUUUUUUUUUUUACAUUUAUAUAUCCAGGAUGGCUUACCAUCAACAGUACGCGCAGCCCGGUGGAGCAUAUGCGGGCGGUGUUCAAGAUCAGAAUUUCCUGUGGACCAUGUUCCAGAGAGUCGAUAAAGACCGGAGUGGAGCCAUUUCUGCGAAUGAACUUCAGCAAGCUCUGAGCAAUGGAACGUGGACCCCGUUUAACAUGCAGACGGUGCAGCUCAUGAUGGGAAUGUUCGACCGCGAACGCAAGGGCACCAUCGGCUUCGCCGAGUUUGCUGGACUCUGGAAGUACGUGACGGACUGGCAGGGCGUCUUCCGCUCCUUCGACCGCGACAACUCGGGCUUCAUCGACAAGCAGGAGCUCAAGGGGGCCCUCUCCAGCUUCGGGUACCGCUUCUCGGACCAGCUGCUGGACCUGCUGGUCUGGAGGUUCGACCGCCAGGGCCGGCAGCAGGUGGCGUUCGACGACUUCAUCCAGUGCUGCAUCGCGCUGCAGACUCUGACCGGGGCAUUCCGGAUGCACGACACGGAUCAAGACGGCUGGAUCCGGAUUUCCUACGAGCAGUUCCUGAGCAUGGUGUUCAGCAUGCGGUCCUGAAGAUCCGCAUCCGGAGUUUGUGCCACCCGACUAACUUCGCCAUACAGUUGGGAUAUAAUCAGUAGGCAUGUAACGAUGCGUCAAUUUGUCAAUGCAUUCUUUUUUACAAAAAUCAACAGGCGUGGUCAAAGGCGCCCAAAAGCCACAGCCGUCUCUCGCGAUCUUGCGAAGUUACAAUCCACCCAUCGCCUGCAUAAAUUGCCGAUUUAAUCACUCCAUCUCCUCCGCGGUGGCCACACGCCCCUUGUUCGCCGCUCCAUCGUCCACUCGAGCUGACCGCUCGGUUACGUCGUGUGGCGAAGUUGAAUUUGAACAAUCGCGAUUGGAUUGAAUGGAGACGGUUUAAUGUGGAGCAAAAAAAGCAAAAUAAUCGAUUUUUUUAUUUGCAUGUAUUAUUGGAUCGUUACCCCUUGAUCGCGGGUGGGGAGGUCGGGUGGUCGCAUCGUUACAUUCUGAAUUUCGUUUGCGAUACAAUGCCAAAAAGAUGUAACAAGCGGUUAUCAAAAGUAGCACUUGGGAAACAUAUUUGGGUAACAGACAACAACAAAAGUUGCAUUUAUAAUGAGAGCCUUGUUUAAACUUUCGUUUUGUGUUUGUUUCUUUUUUAACCGACCAUUGAUAACAUUUAUGCUUAAACUAGAUUGUGGCCAUAUCACAGCCUUAUUAUCGCACAAAAGCCAACGAUUACAAGGCUUGUGACAAGACGGGGGAAAAAAGCGCGCUUACCGACAGGAAUCAAACGCAACACACAGCAGGGUUUUCGCAGCCCCCCUCCAAUCCCGCGAUUCACGAAUAGAUUGCCGGGAGUUGGAUCCGACCUGACCAAAUCUGUGCCAUUAAACCCCCGCCCCAAGCACCCAGUGGCACGGCCGAACAGAUUUCGAUGGACACGUUGGAGCGGCGAACGAUUUGUUCAACGACUCGCCGGCGACUUGCGGCCGGUUUCGUUUCGGUUCGCUCCCUCGCUCGCUCAGCGGGAAAGCCGAAGAGCUAAUUCCCGCGACCGAGCAUCUUCAGAAAUGCAGGAAGUCAAUCUGGCUUUCUUAAUUUUAUUUGUUAAAAAUGAUUAUUCGGCUAUGUUGGGGUGGCGGGCUGUUUUAAGACACACAUGGGCAGAUCUUCACGUGACCUAACUCCCUCCAAAUGAAUGUAUAUUAAUGAAUCGGUGCCAACACACUCGAGGAGAUUUCUAGGCAGCAUAUGGUGCUCUCGUGACGGUAGAAUCGGUCCUCCCAUUAUCCCGCACCUCCGAUUAGCACGGUUGGUCGCGUACGGUGCGAAAAGAGUUCAACAUACACACGUGCCUUACAUGUCACGUGACAUAACCGCACUGCGUGUAUAUUGACAAGGAGCGCCAGCCUUGCUUGGACCACCGUAGUUACGUUGGCAACGGGACAAUGAAACGACUGCUUCACCUUUCUAUUUAAAGCUUUCGUGACUGCAGGGAUUCAUCUUCUUGGUUCUUUCGGUAAAGUCACGUAGAAGGGAAAUAAUAAAAUAAAAAUAAAACAUAAUAAAAUAUGUUAAAUUUCGAUUUGAAGCUUUCGUGACUGCAGGGAUUCAUCUUCUUGGUUCUUUCGGUAAAGUCACGUAGAAGGGAAAUCAUAAAAUAAUAACAAUACAACAUAAUAAAAUAAUUAACUUUCGAUUUAAAGCUUUCGUGACUGCAGGGAUUCAUCUUCUUGGUUCUUUCGGUAAAGUCACGUAGAAGGGAAAUAAUAAAAUAAUAAAAAUAAAACAUUAAAUAUGUUUUCUUUUUAUUAUUUAAAAUAAUACAAAUAAAACAUAAUAAAAUAUAUUUUAUUUUUAUUAUUUAAAAUGAUAAAAAUAAAACAUAAUAAAAUAUGUUUUAUUUGUAUUGUUUAAAAUGAUCAAAAUUAAACAUAAUAAAAUAUGUUUUAUUUUUAUUAUUUUAUCAUUUCCCUUCUACGUGACUUUACCGAAAGAACCAAGAAGACUGCUAUAACGCUUUUAUCCUCGAUUAGUAGGGAGUCUCGUAACUACAGGGACAACGUCGCCGCUAAUUUCCUGCCGCUGGGUCGUACCUCGCUCGGGGGGGCGAGGGGGUUUCGCGAUCCGUGUCAAUUUAAUUCUGUAUUGUCAAAGGGCCGUGUUCUCGCUUGUCUUGUUGUUUAUUACACUGGUUACAUAUUC